AUGACUGUCAGAUUGUCGUCUGGUUUCCAAUCCGUGAGGAAUGCUUACAGGAGCACUAAAAACUCGUCCACAACACCACUCGAAGACAGGCUUGAAGAAACGUCCAACGAUCUGGAGGCCACUCGGAGAGAGCUCGACAUAAGAGAUCAACAACUGCUGGAGACGGAGAGAAAGCUCCAAGACCUCAAAAUCAAAGCAGCAAGUCUUUUGAGUGGUCAUCGGGCCCGCGAAGACGGAUGGUCGUCACCAGAUCGCGAGAUCCGUUCGCUGUAUGCUAAAAUUGAGGCUAUGGCGAGAAAACUGCCCCUCCGCACUCCUGCAGAAAUGAUGCAGACCGAAAACGUGCUCAAAGAGCUGAGGGAAAUAUCCUGGCAUGUAGAAGAUGGAUCCGUACCAGCUCUGAACAGUAUCUCAUUGUUUGAGGGGAUACUGGGCAACUUCAUUGGAAAAAUGAUCUUGACCAAAGGUCACGAAUGCUGUGGCAUCCGAUAUGGACGGGAACUGCUGCCACUUCUCAAGACGAUUGGAGCGCGCAACGACGAAGUUUCCGAUAAGAGAACAGCGGACAUUCUUGACUGGUGUGAGGAGACUCCUUCCGACUCUUGGCAAGAUUCGGCAGUUUUGAUGUCGCUAGUCAACGACCUCAAAAACGACAUCGUGUCGAACCUAGUCAUUUCAAAACACGAGCUGAACAAACACGAUUGGAAGUCGUUGGUACAGCGAGCAGUCAAACUAUCCGUGGACCUCUACAGGCUCAACAUCAAGCUGGAACUCACAUCAAAGGACUAUGUUGACGAAAGAAACCGGAUGUACGAUCCGGCCGAUGAACGCAUCACCACUAGCAGCAUCAUCGCGGGCGACUUGGAAGAAGGGGAUCGGUAUCAAGUGUGUUUCGUGCGUCAGCCGGGAUUUCGAAAGCUCCCGUGCAGAAACGCCACAGGCUCGGCUGGACAGUACUUGCUCAAGGCUCAUGUGCUAGUCUCGAGAUAUGAGGAAGCUCCAGACGCACGGAAAAGGCAAUAA